AUGGAUACCGAUAAUGAGUUAAAUUUAUUGACAAAUAUCGACAACAAUUAUGAAACAUCAUCUACCAAUAAUACAAGAAACGAUACUUUUUUUCAACUUUAUGUUGCAAAAAAUACUCGUGAUACAUUUGAAUUUAUUGUAUUAAAUGAUCCUACAUUUAAAAACAAGAAUAUAAACAAAAAUCAAAAUGAAUUAACUGAUUCUGAUCAAGAACAACUUAAUAGUCUUGUACAAAAUGAAUGUAUUAUCGUGGAUCAAAAUGAACCGAAGAAAACUGCUUUUAUUGUACUCAAUGGUGAUGAUACAAUCUGUGGUCCACUAUUUGCUCUCAAUCGAAAUGAGCAAAUACAAACUGUUUUUGAUCUUGAUGAUAUGAGUAUUUAUCAUUAUGUUGACAAAUAUAUUGACGAAAUCAACCGAAUAGAUUCAAGUUUAUUUCCUCGAUUAGAAGAUAAAACCGUUUCGAAUGUCGUUCAAGAUUGGUCUACCGAUAUGUCGAUAGCUGAUAUUUCUUCAUCAACAAAUGACUUAAACUCAGAAAUUUUUGUUUCACCUAAUAAUAAAAUUGAAACUCAUACUUGGGAUAAUCAAAUUAAACAAAAAAUUCCUCAAACAAACAAACAUUAUACAGGCAAUGUAAUUUCAUCAUUAAUCCAAGAUUCUGGAAUCAAUCCUAAUAAUUCCAACCAUACAUUUGAAAAAGUAACUACAACUUAUCAGGAACAAACACAGAUUUUAUCGCAUGUCAUACGAGAGCCAGAACACCAUAUGCUACAAUACAAUGAAACUUUUAUUUCUUCUAAUACAGACAAUAAUUACCAAAGCAAUACAGGUGAUCCUUUAGGAAAAAAAAGAAAUAUUUAUACAGUAAUUUCCUGUAUCUGUUUAGUCCAACUAAAUGAAUCGAAUCGUGUUACACAAGCGGAUCAAAUUUCUGUUGAUACUUCAUCAUCUGUAUUAACUCAUUUAUCAACGACAACGGGAGUUCCUCAAAUUGUUCUUCCACAAACAUCAACACAAUAUUCAUGUAAAAAACCAGAAAUUGUCACCGAACCAAAACAAGAUUGGCAUCCUCGAUAUCCAAAAGAUUUAAUACCAAAGCCAAAGAACAAAGUCAACAAAAACCCCAAAGUAAACCCAAAAUAUCAACGAAAAACAAAUAAACAUAUAAACAAAAAAGAACAAAGAAAAUUUAUUGGACUUCUACAAGGUGUUGGUGGUCAACGUUCUCACAUUCAAAUGAAAGUUCCUUCGAGAUACAUACAACCGAUUUAUCUUGCUAUUGCAGUUCGAACUAUUAAUAAUCAUUAUCAUUCUUCAAAAGUUAUCGUGCAAGAAAAGACAAAAGUAAACAAAGAUUUAUGUAACCAUGAAAACUACCUUAACUAUUUGGAAUUCGAUGAAUGUGAUCAAAAACAUUACUUCGAUUUAAAUACAAGGAAUGUUUAUAUGAAAAUUACCUUGAAAGAACAUCGACAACAAUUGAAAAAAGUACCAAUAUACAUGUUUAAUUUAUACCAAAACCAACGAUUAACUAAGGAUAUGAUUGAACGUGAACAACUUGACAAAUGUAAAUUGGCAUUUUGGUUAUGUAUUAAAGAAAAUGAAACGUAUAAACCUAUUUCUCCUGAAUCAUUAUCGUGUAUAAUUACAGAAAAAAAAAAGAAAUCCAACUCUUCUCGUUCUAUUACAUCGGGAAAAAAAUGA